AUGAUUUAAUAGAAAUUCAAUAGAUUGAUAGUUUUUUUAUUGUUACUUUAAUCAGCAUUAUGUGAACAAACUUCAAAGAUAUGUGUCUGUGGUCAUAUCCAAAAUCAAGAUAUAUGUUAAAAGUCUAGUAUUUGCAUUUGGAAUAAUGAAAAAUGUAUUUUAAAAUUAGGAUCCAUGUAUUUAAAAUCUUAAUAGGAUUCCAACUAAUGCCAAAAUUAUGGGCAUGAAGAAUGUAGAAAACUUUAACAUUGUGGAUUCCAUUUAGGUAAAUGUGUCGAUUUUUAAGGUUGUUCUAUAUAUCAUAAAAACAAUUGUUAAAGUGCUUCAUUCUAAUGCGUAUCUGAUGGUCAAAUAUGCAUUGAAAUAAGAGAUUGUAACAACUAUAAAAGUUAAAUUGAAUGUAAUAAUAAGAGUAAGAAAGGAAAUUUUUGUGUUUGGAAAAAAAUGGAAGAAUUGAAAUGUUAGGAAGUUUAAAAAUGUGAAGAUCUGCCAAUUUAUUUAUCAGAUCAUAAAGGAUGCAAUGAAGCUUUGGAAGGAUGUACAGUGAAUAACAUAGGUUAGGGUUGUAUUAAUCAGAUGGAGUCAUGCACUGAUUACAUGUAGGAAAAUUAAUGUUAUACAACUCUAAAUACUAAAUAGAUAUGUUUUUGGUAAUAUGGAAGAGGAAAGUGUUUGGAAAAGAAAUGUGAUAACUUUGGUUAUAAGACUGAUUAUGAAUGCAAAUCAUAAUUAAAUGAAUGUACAACUAAUGGAAUUCAUUGUGUCAUUAGGACAACUUGCAAAAAUGCAAAAAGUGAAGCUGGAUGUAUAACUGAUAAUUUAGGAAAUAAAUGCUAAUAUUAUUAAGGAGAAUGCUAAAAUAAAACAUGUUAUACUGCUUUAAAAAUUAUUAACAAUUACCGUUAAUGUCAAGAUUAUGAUAGAACUUUGGAUUGUGUUACAUCUGAAAAUGGAGGUUGUAAGAAUAGACCUUCUAUUUGUUCUGGAUAUGUUGGAGAAGAAGAUUGUUGCUCUAUUAAAGAUCAAGGAUGCAUUUGGAUUAAUCAAUAGUGUGAAUUAAAGUAAUGUUAUCAUGCUCCACCAUAAUAUACACAUUCUGAGUGUAAAUUAUUUGGAAGUUGUAUGGGAAAACUAGAAGGUGGCUGUAUUGCUAUACCGUAAAAGUGUGAAGAAAUAUAUCAACAGGGUGGAUGUGAUGAAAAUUUAUUAGGAUAAAAAUGUAUUUGGUUAAACCACUAAUGUAUUUUAUUGAGUUGUAAUUAAUUAAAGUUACCAAAUUAUUCUAGUAAUUAAGCCUGUCAACUUGAAAGUCCAAAUUGCAUAAUCAAUAUUUAGUAAUUUGGAUGUGUAGAUUAUAUUUGUGAUAAUGUUUCUGAAGAAAAGGAUUGCACAGUUGAUUCAAAAGGAAAUCAUUGUUUAUUAUCACCUAGAUGUGUCUAAAAGCAAUGUGAUACUGCUCCAUUUACCUUUAACUCUAAAUAAUAAUGUGAGGAUUGGAUGCCUGAAUGCACAAUAAAUAUUUUCUCUUAAUCUACAAUAUAAGUUGUAGCAGGAUGUAUUAAAAAAUUUUAAUAAUGUCAAUUGUAUUAAAAGGAGCAAUGUUUUUCAACUAUAUAAGAUUAUAUUUGUAGAUGGGAUAUCAGUUCAAAUAAAUGUGAGGAUGAAGUGUGUUCUGGUGCUGAUCCAUCAGAUUAUAAAACAAAUGAAGAUUGUUUUAAUUUUAAAAUAGCUUCUUAAAAAUGUGUAAUUGGAGAUAGUGGAUUAGGAUGCAGAAAAUGGCCCACUAGUUGUAGUGAUAUGAAAAUAGAAUUAUAAUGUAAUCUAAAUCUAGAAAAUGGAGAGGAAUGCUUUUGGUCAGGAACAAUAUGUAAAAUAAAAGAAUGUUCAGAUGCUUCAAUAAAUUUAUACAAAAAUAAUAUUGAAUGUCAAAAGUGGAUGAAUAAUUGCAUCUAUAAUCCUUAAUAAAGAAAGUGUGAAAAACGAUUAGAGUAUAAGAAAUGUAACUCAUCAAACUCCAGCAUGUUUAAUAAUCACUAAGAAUGUUUUGCUUGGAAUCAGAAUUGCACUGUAGUAGAUAAUUUCAAUUCUGAGGGAUGCGAAAAGAAAAAAGACAACUGUUCUUUAUAUCUUGUUGAGUAAGUUUGUAAAUCAACCAUCUUCGGAGGAUCCUGUUAUUGGGAUAACCAUAAUUAGCAAUGCAAAGAUAUUGACUCAUCAUUUUCUUGUUAGAUAGAAGGAAUAAGUGAUUUAACACAUGAAAAUUGUGAAUCCUUUAACUCUAAAUGCACAAUAGCUAAUAUCACAAAAGACUGCGUUGAAUUAUAAAAAGAAUGCUAUUUAUAUAAAAGUAAACUUGAAUGCAAUAUUAAUUAUAAUUAAUAACCUUGUUUUUGGAAUGAUAGCGACAAGAAAUGCAAAAAUUUAGAAUGUGUUGAUAAUUAGACUGCAACUACUGAAAGUGAGUGUUUAAAUUGGAGAAGAAACUAAUAAUGCAUAUUAACUCUAAAUUAAGAUGGGAGUGCUGGAAAAGGUUGUUAAAAUACUCCUUAUUCAUGCUCUGAAAUUACUAAUCCUUUCAAAUGCAAUUUUACAUUAACUAGAUAAAGAAAGAGAUGUCUUUACAUUAAUAAAAUAUGUCAGGAAGUAUUAUGUAAUACUUGUGAAAAUAUUACUUAAAGCAAAAGUAAUGAAGAGUGUCAAUCUUAUAAUAUUAACUGUAUUUUAAAAUAAAGUUAAUAAGGUUGUUACUGCCCCUUAAAUUGCACAAAUUUAAGUCUUUCCUCAUGUAGUAGCGUUAAAAUGUCAUUUAAUUAAGUAUGUUACUUCAAUAGAACAUGCAAUUAAAAAAUUUAUUAUUGGUAACCCAGGCGUUAUUGUGAUCAAAAAAACUCAUCAAAUUAAUUAACAGAUUAGAUUUGUUAUGAUUGGAAAUAUGAUUGCGUUUUAGAAAAUAAACGGUGUGUUAAAUUUGAUUCACAAGAAAUUAAAUUGAAUUAUCAAUGUGCUUAAUAUUAAGAUUACCAAUGGUCAUCAGGAAAAUGUAAAAAUAUUGGUGAUAUCAAUUGCCAUGAAAAUACAACAGCUGUUACAAAUUUGGAAUGCUAACUAAUUUCUUCAAUUUGUGGUUUGAAUUAUAUUAAAGGAAAAGGGUGUGCCUUUAUUAAAUGCAAAAGUGACUAGAUUCUUAAACAAAGUUAAUGCAAUUCUCGUCACACUAUAGAUGGUUUAGGUUGUAUAUUUAACAAUGGGAAUUGCGUUUCAAAAUUAUGUAGUCAAUAUUAUGACUAAAGUAGUUGUUAAAUUAGAUAUGGAUAUUAUAAAGAUGAUAUUUUAUUGAAAUGUUAUUGGUGCAAUGAAAUUUGUUCGAAUAAUAAUACUUGUGAUACACUUAUAUAGGGAUCUCCUUAGGAACAUUCAGAUUGCAAUAAACUAAAUUUCCUUAAAACUAUCUCAGUUGGUAACAUAAUGUGCACCUUAAAGAAAGCAUCUUGCUCUGAUUAUUUAUAUGAGACUGGUUGUUAGGUUACAACUGAUGGCAUUAAAUGUUUUUGGUAAAAUUCUAUAUGUAAAAAUUAUUGUGAUGCUUAAGAUGUUUCUCCACUUAGUAAUAUAAUUUGUUUCUAGUUUCAUAACCAAUGUAUGUAUUAAAAUAAUCAAUGUGUACUUUUAAAUUGUACUUAAUUAGACUAACAUAAUUGUUCUGAUUUGUCUUAGAAAUGUUUUUGGGAUGGAAACAACUGUUUAGAAAUAAAAAGCUGCUAAGAAUUUAAAAAUUAAUCUUUAUGCAAAGUGAAUUAUUUUCAAGCUCCAUGUUUUUGGGAUGAUAUAAAUAGUAAGUGCAUAGAAAAAGAAUGUUCAAACAUCAAAGUAAUUCCCACAUCAGAUAUGGAAUGUGACAAUUGGUUAAAAAAUUGUAAAUUUGAUAGUAAUAGUUUAACUUGUGUUGAACAAUGUGAAUCAGCUGAUAAUUCUUACAAAUCUCAUCAAUAAUGUGAAUCCUAUUAUCCUAGCAAAAGAUGUACUCUAAAAGUAGGUCUAAUUUAAUGUGUUGAUUUACCAUAAUCUUGCUCUUUAGCUAAAGAGCCACAAUGCUUCCAAGAUUCAAAAGGAAAUGAAUGUUACUAUUCUACAUCUAAAAACAAAUGCGUUGAUUUAACUUGUUUAGUUCUAGAAAUGCAGACACAUUUUGAUUGUAAUCAGAGAUUUAAGAAUUGUACAGUUAAUAAAACUCUUAAUGGAUGCUAGAUACUUGAUGAUUGUUAUAACUAUGAAGUUAAAGAUUAAUGCUAUAUAAACAAUUCAUUCUAAGAAUGUUAGUGGAUUUCUCACAAAAAUUCGUGUACUUUGAAAUAAUGUUCAACUGCUUAAUUGAAUGAUUAUUCAGUUUAGUCUUGUUAAUAAUAUUUUGGUAAACAGUGUACAGUAAAUUAAUUCUUUAAUGGAUGUAUUCAAGCAUCAAAUAAUUGUAAUGAAUAUUCACAUAAUUAAUGUAUUAGUGGCUUAAUGAUAAACAUAAAAGAAAUAUCUUGCUUUUGGGAUGAAUCCAAAAUAUAAUGUGUUGAAUAUAUCUGUGAAAAUGGACCUCUUGCUACUUAAACCCAUAAUCAAUGCGUCGAGUUUAUGAGCAGUUGCUAAAAAGGUGGUUGUAAAUAAAAAAGUUGUUUUGAUUAUUAAUACUCAGAAGAUUAAGAUUGUGCGUAACUUUUUGAUGAUAAAAGAUGUGCUUCGAAUGGUAAAUCUUGCAUUUUUAGAUAGUAAUGUGAAGAAGUUUCAAGCAAAGAUUUAUGCACUUUUGAUUUAAAUUUAAAGCCUUGUGAUUGGUUAGAUGGAACUUGUGUUUAAAAGAAAAGUUGUAACAAUAUAGUUUCAAAAGAAUUGUGUAAUGUUGAUGUUGAUGAUUAAAAUUGUGUUUGGGAUGAUGUUUUAAAUUAGUGCUUUUCAGAAUAAUGUAUAGGAUUUUGUGGAGAUGGAAUUAUUUAAAUUAAUGGUGAGCAAUGUGAUGAUGGUAACUAUUUACCUUAUGAUGGAUGCUAUCUAUGCCAAUUUCAUUGUUCAUAUGGUUGUCUUGAAUGUGAUUAAGGAUAGGGUUGUAAAAAGUGUGAUAAUUAAUUUAUUUUAAUUAAUGAGACCGAUACAUGUUAGGAGAAUUAAGUCUUAAAUGAUGAGAUAGAAGAUAUAAAUGAAUAAGUCAUUAUUGAGAUUGCGAGUCUUAGAUGCAUCGAAAAUUAAAUAUUAAUAGGCUUUCAAUGUGUAUCUUAAUGUGGCAAUGGAAUUCUUAACUCAAAGUAUGAAUAAUGUGAUGAUGGAAAUUAAAUUGGAGGAGAUGGAUGUUCAUCUGUUUGCAGUGAAGAAGAUUUAUAUUAGUGUCAAAAUUAUGAAAAUUCAACUAGCGUUUGUUCUUACAUUUUACCUCCUGACUUUAUUUUAGUUAGUUUCUCUAGUAAAACUAACCAAACUUAGUUGAUUUCUUUAAGUUUCACAUAAGAUGUAAAAUUAAUGUCUGAUUUAAAUUUUGAAGAAAUUGCUGUUAUCUCUAUUAUUCCAGAAACUCAUGCACCUAUCAAUGUAAAACCAAUAGUAAAUCUAUCAACAACGCUUAAUAAUCCAUUAUAUGAGAUUACAGUUGAAUUUAUAGAGCCUGUAAAAAAUUCUGUGCUUUAGAUAGAAUUGGCUUAAUCGAUUAUUAAAAAUUAAUUCGAAUUAGAUUUGGUUAGAAAGUAGAUCUAAAUUAGUCUUGGUAACCCUUUUGUAAUAUCUGAAACUACCAAGUAAAAGGUGACAUAAAUUAUGCUUCUUAAUGAUAUUAUGAUUUAUUCUAUGAUUGGUAUAUCUGGAUUAUCACUGCUAACAGGAAAUGCUAUAAUGUUUUUUAAUUUAUUAGAUCUAUUAUAAUCAUUGUCCUAUAUUAAAUAUAUGUAGUAUUCUUUUCCACCUCAUUUAAUGUAAUUUUUGAAUACUUAUACGAAAGUAUCGCUAUAACCAAUAUUAGAGCGUUUUUAAAUAGAAGAAUUGUUUAGAUCUCUAAAUGGGGGAAGUUUACCAUUCAAAAGUACCAGUUAAUCAACUUAAAUUUAAGCAAAUCCAUUAAAUUAAUUUUAUCUGUUAAAUGCUCAAGGUUGUUACUUUUCUAUAUUAUGCUCAUUAGCAGCUUAUUUUAUUUCCAUAUUGUUAUCCUCAAAAAAAGUUUUAUUAUUUUAAAGAAUUCUAUAUGAUAAAUUCAAAAGUAAUUAUACAUACCUUCGUUUUAAUACAUUUUACUAUACAACAAUCUAGAAGUUUUGUAUGAAAUUUAGAAAUGAAUACUUCUCUUUUGGUAUAUUUAAGGUUUAUUUGGCCAUUCUUCAUUAAUUAUUUUUUAGUGUAUUAUUGUAAUUUCCUGAUUACAGCUUCAAUUCUCCACUUAUGAUAUUAAAUAGUGUGAAUGCAAUUAUUGGAUUAAUUUUAAUAUCAUAUUUUAGUUUAUAAUUACUUUCUAUAACAUAAUCCAAAAUAAAAGACAAAAAAAAAUGGAAAUACUUUUAUCAAGAUUCAUUACCUCAUUUUUGGGCUGUUAAUUAUAAGUCAUUUUAAAUAUACAAAAUUAUGAUUUAUAUAUUUCUAAUUGUUGAAGCUAUAAACUAUCCAGAAAUUUAAUCAAUAUUACUUUCAAUGUCAUCGGUUUUCUAUUUAGGUUACUUAUUUAAAUUUAAACCUUUAUAAUCCUAGUAUGAAUAUAUAAAAUUAAUAUUAAGAGAAAUUUUAUUUGCUCUUAUAACAGGGUCAUUUUUAAUUUAUAGUUUUGAUAUUGAACAAAAUUAUUUGAUUUUAAUAGGAUGGAUUCAUAUCUGCUGUUUUUCUUUGAUGUUGAUCUCAAACUUAAGUGUAGAUUUAAUUGAAUGUAUAAAAAAUGCAUGGAUGAAUUAUAAAAGGAAAAAAGAAUUAUUAGAAUUGAAAGAAUAAAAAAAAUUUUAUGUUAAUAAACUUUAAAAAUUUAUAAAAAUCGAUUUAAUUACUUAAAAUUGA